AUGUUUUGGGAUAAAGUUGCAGUGUUUUCAGAAAUGUUUUCCCUGCUGUUUCAGGCUCCUAAAGAAGCAUCAAAUCUGAUAACUCCCAAUAUAUCCUCAGACGAAAACCCCGAGAUUGAAGAAUUCGAGAAAAAGGAAAGUGGUUCGACGACUUUCAGAAGUCGUUAUAAAAAGCUUAUCAAAAUGAGGGUUACAGCUUGCCCUCAUAUAAAUAAGCCUCACUAUGCUAAGAAUAUGUGCAGCAGUUGCUAUCAUAGAGCAGUAAGGCAAACGAAGGCAUGGAUUUGCCCACAUGAGGAUCGCCAGCACUACGCAAAGGGAAUGUGUCAAUUCUGCUAUUUACAAAAUUAUCAUAAGUCUAGGCCUCGCAAGAUCUAG